AUGAUUAGGAUUACUACAUGUAUUGAUGUAAAGACAACAUCGGGUGUAGUGAGGGGUCAGACGAUAGAUGUGUUGAACGUAAGUAUUGACCAGUUUUUGGGUAUACCUUAUGCCGAACCACCCGUCGGGAGACUCCGGUUCGCCAAACCUGAACCCAUCAAAACACCCAAACCGGACAUUAUCGAUGCAACAAAAGCCAAAAAUUCUUGUAUUCAACCGAACACUCAAUACUUUCCAAAUCUAACCACAAGUGAAGACUGUUUGGUAUUAAACAUAUGGACACCAAAUGCGGGCAAUAAUAACACAAACAAAUCACAGCUCAAACCCAUUAUGUUUCACAUACACGGCGGCGGCUUAGCUAUUGGCUCGAUAUUUGCACCACCGAUAACUGCUUUGUUGGCCACACAUGAUGUGGUGUAUGUCUCAACACAGUAUAGAUUAGGACAGUUGGGUUUCCUAUACGGGGAUCGGGAGGACGCGCCCGGAAAUGUGGGCUUUUUUGACCAGUUAUUGGCUCUCAAAUGGGUUAGAGAAAAUGCUGAACAGUUUGGCGGAGAUAGGGAUGAGAUCACGAUAUUGGGUGAGAGCGCCGGGAGUUGGUCGGUGUCCGCACACAUACUCUCCCCGCUA